AUGCCGAAAGACGUCCCUGGGUUUUUAGCCGAACAGCAGCGCAAAAGUUCUGGAGAUGUCGCCACUGAGUGGGCGCUGCUCGAAGAACUGUACAACAAAAAACUUUGGCAUCAGCUCACACUGAGACUACUGAAUUUUGUUAAGAAUCCUAUUUUCGCUAAAGGAGAUGGACUUCUCAGGCUGUACGAAAACUUCUUGUCUGAUUUUGAACACAGAAUCAACCCACUGUCACUGGCUGAGCUUUGUGUCAUCAUAGUUCGGCAGAUUUCUGAUCCCAAACAGGCUGUAGAGUUUCUUGAGAAGAUCAGAGACAAGGUGAAGUCCUGCGAUGAAGCCAAGGUGUUGAUCAUGACCUCCAUUGGCAUCAUUCACCUGCGCAACAAGGAGUUUCCUCCUGUCAAGGCAUUGACAGAGGAAUGCCAAGGAAUUCUGGACAACAUAGAUGGUGUGACCACCGUCCAUGGUCGCUUUUAUGAGCUGACCAGUAACUACCACAAGUUGAUGGGCAAUCAUGCACAGUACUAUCAGGAGGCUCUGAGAUUCCUGGGUUGCACAGAGUUGAAGGAUAUGCCUCUGACGGAACAGGCAGAGAGGGCAUUCAACAUUGGGCUUGCAGCAGUCAUUGGUGAGGGAGUCUACAACUUUGGUGAACUCCUGGCACAUGAUAUUUUGGCAUCCCUGAAGGGCUCAGAUAAAGAGUGGUUGGUGGAUCUCCUCUAUGCAUUCAACAGUGGAGACAUUGAUAAGUUCCAUGCAUUGAAAGACAAGUGGUCUGCACAGCCUGAUCUGAAAGCACACGAGACAGCUAUGAGAAAUAAGAUUAACCUGCUCUGUAUUAUGGAGAUGACUUUCCAGCGCCCAGCUACAGACAGACAACUAACCUUUGACAACAUUGCACAGACAGCUAAAAUUAACAAGAACGAUGUUGAGCUGCUUGUAAUGAAGGCUCUGAGUCUGGGACUUAUUCGUGGGUCCAUUGAUGAAAUAGAGCAAAAGUGUCACAUGACCUGGGUACAGCCUCGUGUGCUUGAUAGAAAACAGAUUGCCAGCAUGCAGACUCGUCUUGAUAUCCUUGGCAAAGACAUUGGGUUGAUGGAGCGCUUGUUAGAAACACAUGCACAUGAUAUUCUCACAUAG